AUGGCUUUGAAGAGUCCCAAGAGCGGAAAUAGGACCGAGUGCCACUACUGGGAUUACUCCUUUCAUUGGACGGACCUCCACUCCUCUGCCGAUGACCUUAAAUCGUUGAUAUACAGCUGUGAUUCCCUAGCCGACGAAUGCUUGCAUCCGCAUGACCGUGUCCAUAAACAACCUUUCAAAAGAGACCUCUAUGGCUUACUAAGGGAUCAUGCGGACGAGGAUCCGAAGCUCUGCGAGCUCUGGACUGAGAUCAACACUGUUCCAGAGUGGGUUGACUGGGAUCAAAUCCGACGGGGCCAGGAUGUCUUUUUCCGAUAUGGACUUCCGAUUCUCAAUGUUCUAAGCUUUCAAAGCUUACUAGGUGGGAUGGGAGCAAUACGAGUCGUCGAAACCCUUUCACGGACGGGCGGUUUCGGAGCAAAGGUAGUACGCCGACGACUACUCGAGACACUUCAGCAUGUACUUCAGGUAAACAAUUCAGCGGAAGGCAUGAAGCCAGGUGGUGACGGUCACAUCUCAUGCAUUCGUGUCCGACUGCUGCAUUCGUCGGUCCGCAAGAAGAUCUUAAGCCUAGUGGACCAAACCCCUACAUACUACGAUGUUGACGAGUACGGAAUACCGAUAAAUGACCUUGACUGCAUUGGAACAAUCAACACAUUCAGCAGCGCGGUGCUAUGGCUGGGUCUUCCUCGACAAGGCAUCCACCCCACCCAGCAAGAGACGGAUGACUAUAUCGCGCUGUGGAGGUUGGUUGCGUACUAUAUGGGCACACCAACGGAUCCCUUUGAGAGUACAGCCAAGGCUCGUGCAAUGAUGGAGUCGCUUCUGAUUUCGGAGAUCGAUCCCACGGAGACUGGGAAGGUCCUGGCUAAGAAUAUCAUUAUUGGUCUGGAGAACACAGCGCCGGCUUUCGCAUCCAAGGAAUUCAUGGAGGCCAUGACUCGACUACUUAAUGGGCAUCAACUGGCCGACGAGCUUGACAUUCCUCGUACUAAUAUAUACUAUCGCAUAUUGAUCUGGGGAUAUUGUUUCUGGGUCAUCGUUAUUUCAUAUAUUGUGCCGAAGAUAUAUUUCAUCGACAGGAUUAUGAUUUCGCUCCGCCGAAAAUACUACUAUAAGCUAAUCCUCGAUGAGAAGAUGGGCCUUGGUGAAGAGUCGCGUUUUGAGUUCAAGUACGUGCCUAGUCUCACUCGCACCACUCACCUGGGCGAGCAAAGAAAGACCAAAUUUGAGAAACCUGGUAUUGAAAGCCUAGCGCGACUGGGUCUUCUCGCGGCUUUUACUGCAGCAGUGACUUUUGGUAUGGGAUUUAUCUUUGCGUGGAGGAUGAUUCCUUCCCAUUUCUUUAUGGCAUGA